AAGCCAAAGAGAAAAAAAAUUGAAGCAAGAGAGAAAAAAAAUUGAAGCAAGAGAGAAAAAAAAUUGAAGCAAGAGAAAACCAAAGAGAAAUUAAGAUUUUUAAUUUGAAUUCUUUUCAACAUUUGACAAUUCUAAUGGAUUUUAAAAUUCAAGUAUUAUGCAGAGCACUUUUCUGGGUAAUGCAGAUGUGUUUUAUAUCAAUCACUGGUUCAAUAAUAAAUGAUUCAAUCACUGAUUCUGUAAAUAUGCAAUGUCCAGAAAUAUUUUAUGACUCAGUUCUAAAUGGUUUUCAUAAUCGCAUUGUGGCAUGUUCAUUUAAUAAUCAUAACUGCAGCGUACAAAAUAAUGGCUUUAUUUAUAGUAUUGAUAUUCCAUCCACAAAUCCUCCAAACAACUCUUUUAAUCCAAGUAAUGGUGUUGGCUAUAUAUAUGGAAAAAGUGCAAGCACAUUUCGAUUAAAUGUUCUUGGAAGCCAUUAUACUAAUAUACACAAUUUUGAUAUUUAUAUAACUAUGGCAUUAUACACUGAAAGUGGAAAUAAAUCUGAUUUUGGUUUGUUUGAUUCUCUGAAAAGUUUUAGCACAGAAUUUUCUUCUUCUGCAUAUAAAUGGGAUGUUAUUAAUAUAAUGUAUUACCUCACAGAUACUGAAAUGAGUUCAGGUUUUACUUUUGAUCUUCAAACAGUAAAUAUAUUUUCAAGAUUUGAUGAUCUUUGCAUUUACCAAGUUUGCAAAGAAGAAUAUACAUUUAACGCAGCAUUAAAUCAAUGUGAAGAAAAUACUUGCUUGAUUAAAAAUUGUCAAUAUCAAUGUAAUGUGGUAUCAGGCAAUGCAGUAUGCUUGUGCCCAACUGGAUAUAGCUUGAGUUCAGAUAACAUAACAUGUUUUCAAGAUCCGUGUGCUGUUAAAUACUGUGAAUAUUAUUGCAAUGCGGUGUCAGGCAAUGCAGUAUGCUCAUGUCCAGCUGGAUACAUUUUGCAUUCUGAUAGUACAAAUUGUCUGCAAGUUCCUUCUGCAGUAACUUCUACAUCAUUUACAAUUGUCAUGCCAAACUUUUUAAACAAAAGUCCCAUUGUAACUUAUUAUGUCAUAUUGGUAAAGUUAAAAUCGACUAUUCUUCCAACAAGAACACCAAAUUCAUACACAUGGAAUGAAAUUAAUAAUCACACAGAUAAUAUAUAUUUAGUAGGAUUACUUAAUGCAUACAAUAGCAUGAUUACAAAUUUUAUUGUUGGAGAAGGGUCUAAUGCUAACCCUCCUCUUGACAAUGGAGCAGCCUAUACCACAUUUGUGAGAGGUGUUGCUUUGGAUAAUACUACAUUUACAUCAUCAUACAGUUCGAUUGUGAUCACUAAAGAUGUUACAACAACUACAUCUCCAUCUACUACAACAACUACAUCUUCAUCUACUACAACAACACAAUAUCCAACUACAUCAACACAACAUCCUACUACUACACAAUCAAUAACUACAACAAAUCCAAAUGAUUGUAGUGUUUGUAAUAUGACUAACAGUAAAUGCAUUAAAUCAAAUGGAAGAGUUGACUGCGCUUGCAAUAAUGGCUUUUUGUUUGAUAAUAUUAAAAGACUAUGCGUUGAUAUUGAUGAGUGUGCUGUUGACAAUAAAUGUAGCUGGCCUUAUGGUGCUUGUAAUAAUACCUAUGGAAGUUUUAUUUGUUAUUGUAAAGGAGAUUGGAUACUUAGUAGCACAAAUAAUAGCUGCAUUGGUCCUCCAGCAAUUGCAGUUACUUCCCAGUCUUUUCAAAUUGUGGUUAAAUCAUUUUUAACUGUUCAAGUUAUUACAUAUAUUGAGGUUAUUAUUCGAAAACAAACUGAUUUUACCAUUCCUACAAAACCUCCAAGCCAAUAUACAAAGGAGGAUAUUGAUAAUCAUGUAGAUGGCUGGUAUCGUUUUGCAAGCACCACAGUUACAGCUACUCAAAUAUCUUCUAUUACUUUAUCUUCUAAAUAUGGAAAUUCUAUUAUGGUUAAUUCUGGUAAUUCAAAAUUUAAUCGCAAACGAAGGAGUUUAGAUGAUUCUGGUUUUGUUCUGGAUGAUGGAACGCUGUUCUCAGUCUUUAUAAUUGCUAGCACUGAAAAUAGUACUCUGACUUCACCUUACUAUCCUGUUGUGCUUACAGUUGAUCCUGAUUCAUUAUGUGCUUCUAUAUCUUGCUUUAAAUACAAAAAUCAAAUAUGCAGUUUGGUCAACUCCACAUCAGCAAAAUGCUUUUGCCAAAAUGGGUUCAUUACUUUUGAUGAUUAUUUAACAUGUGAAGAUAUUGAUGAAUGUUCUGCAGUAGCAAAUGCUUGUAGUUUUGAAAAUAGCCUGUGCACAAAUGUACCAGGCAGUUAUAGUUGCUCAUGCAAAAGUGGAUAUGCGUUAAGUAACAAUCGUUGUAAAGAUAUAAAUGAAUGUAAUUUAUUAUGUAAAUCUCCAAAUUCUACAUGCACCAAUAGAAUAGGAUCAUAUGAGUGUCGCUGUGUUGCAGGCUCUUUUUAUAAUGCAACAUUUGACUCAUGUCAAGAUUUGGACGAGUGUAGGAUGGGCACAGCAUUGUGUGACACAGUCAGAGGAACAUGUCAAAAUCAAAAUAUAUUUGCAACUGGCAUACCUUAUAAUUGCUCUUGUCCCAAUGGUUGGCAAUUGUCAAAAGAUGGAACUAAUACCUGUAUUGAUGUAAACGAGUGCUUAAACUUUUGCAACGGACCUAAUGCUUUUUGUAUAAAUACCAUUGGUUCCUUCAUAUGUAAAUGUGCUGUUGGAUUUUCAUUAAACUCUUCAUUUCAGUGUGAAGCUGUAAAUUUAUGCUCUCAAAUAAAUUGUCCAGCAAGCUCGAAUUGCACAUUUAUCAGUCCUGGAUAUUUUGGUUGUACAUGUAAACCUGGUUAUCUAAUUAAUUAUAUUUCAAGUUGUGAAGAAAUUGAUCAAUGCCUAAGCAAAACACCAAGCUGUUUAAAACCUCAUCAAAUCUGCCAAAAAGGUGUUGAUAGCCUUGGUUUUACAUGUGGUUGUCGCAAUGGAUAUGAAAACAUUAGUGGUGAAUGCAAAGCAAUCACAACAAACAUUUGCAAUCAAGCUUUAUCAAAUAAUGUAUCUUUGUGUCCUUCUGGUCAGUUAUGUUUUGAUUUAAAAUCAAGUUAUGAGUGUAGAUGUCCAUCAGGCUACAUAAAGAACAGCUCAGAUCAAUGUGAAGAUGUAAAUGAAUGCCUGUUAGAUAAGAGCUGCACAGGAAAUGCUGAAUGUAUAAAUUAUAAUGGUGGGUAUGAUUGCGAGUGCAAACCGGGUUUUAGUGGAAAAAAUGAAACUCAUCCUUCUGCAAAAGUUUGCUAUGAAGAUAGUGCUUGGAGCUCUUGGCAACAAGUCACCAAAUGCAGUAUGCCAUGUCAAACUGAUCAAAAACGAGGAAAGAUUAUAUUUUCUAGGUUUUGUAUACUUAAUGGUCCAGGAACCUGUCCAGGAAAUGCAACAAAAGAAGAAUUUUGCAAUUCUGAUUACUGUGAUAACAAAAUAAAAGUUUUGAAAUCGGUGCAAUGUGAAAACUGGAAAAAUAUGGAAGAUUUAAUUGACCUUCCUUUUAAAGAUGAAAAUGAAACAUGGUUUUUUGAAAUUCGAAAGUGGCUUGGUUUUCACAUAAACACAGCUGAAUGCAAAGAAUUGGCAAGCAUUAAGGCCUCUAUCCAGGUCAAGCUUGAAAGUUUGCAAAUGGAAAUUAUAAAGAUUAAAGAUAUCCGUUUAUUGUUAAGAAAAGUCAUUGAUUGCAACACUUACCUUCAAAAAAUAAAUGAUUUGCGUCAAAAAUACAAACGUGUUCAAUCUAGAUUGGUUAUGUACACAACUGUAAAAGCAGCUUUAAAGAAAUUGCAAGACAGAAUGAAUUUAAAACAAAAUAAAUGCAUAAAUUAUAUAUUUGACCCGUAUUUCCUAUCAGCGUAAUCAUUUUAAUGCUUUUAAAAAGUUCAAGAAGUUUUAAAAAAUUCUCGUUUAAUUAUUUAUUUUAUCACUUAUAUAUCAAUCAUUUUAAUAUAUAUAUAUAUAUACUUGACAUAACUAUUUUUGGUUUGUUAUUUGACGAUUUUAUUUAAGAAAAAAUAAUAUAUUUAAAUCGUUUCCUAUUUAUGAGUUAAUUUUUAAUAACCGUUUCAU